AUGUUAGAUAGUUCAGAUAUCGAAUUGAGGUCGGCGUUGCCGAAAAAAACAUCUAAGAAGCUCUUAGAGAGCCCAACAACCGAAAUGUUAAAGCAAAAAGAUCCUAAAAAGAUAACGACGAAAGAAAUGAUUCAUAAGGCAUUAAUAGAUUUAAAAAGUCGCAAAGGAACGUCUUUACACGCCAUUAAAAAGUAUAUAGAAGAAAAAUACCAAGUGGAUGUGGAAAAAAUCAAUCAUAUUAUCAAGAAAUAUUUGAAAACUAGUGUCGAAAUGGGAACGAUAGUUCAAACUAAGGGAGUUGGUGCAAAUGGAUCGUUUAAAUUGGCUGCUGGGAAAGAUAAAUUGGAAAAGAAAAAGAAAAUGCUGAAGAAAGAUGAACGAGCGAAGAUAUCUGAUAAAUCAGAGAAGCCAAAACUACAAAAAACUGCAAAACUUAAAACUACGAAGGAAAUGGAGACUGAAAAAAAUGGGCAGAAGAAGCCAAAAAAGGUUGAAAUUAGCAAAAAUGCAAAAAAUAACGAAGUUGAAAAAAAACCAGCAACGUCCAAAAGAAAUCAAAAAAAGGAAAUGUCCGGGAAAUCAUCAAAAUCUUUUGAAACACCUAAAAAAAAAAGGGCGGCCAUAAAGAAAAGAAAAAGUAUUGGUUCUAUCUUAAAGCCGCCAAAAAUGAAACCGACGGCCAAAGCC